AUAUAAACAAAAACACAUCGUUUUAACGGCAUUUUUUGAAAUUCGAAUGUGAUUGGAAUUCUCAAAGACUUGUGUGGUAUGGACGCGAGUUUGUGAGUGUGUGACGUGUAAUGUGUAACGGAUGGCAGAGGAUGUCAACGGUGGUGGUGCGGUGGGCGUGUUGCCGGCUGCCAAGAUGCGCCGCGCGAGGGCGCCGCGCCUCGGCGAUAUACCCAGACAUUCGGCGUUGGAUGUCGGCGUCGGCGGCGACGCACGGGACUCUAAACUAUGGCAGAACGCAGACGAAAACAGACUAUCAACAUUCCCGGCUAGCGGCGACCGCCAGAACCUGCUCCGGUCUCACGCGGCAAAAAGCGCAGAGUGCGGGGCGGGGGGGUCUCCGCGCGUGCGGCGCGCUCCAAGGGAGUCUCGCAGGGUUUCCCUUGCACAGGCUCCGGGAUAUGUCCAGCUCAAUCAGUACCGCCUGCUGGAGCCCAUUGGACAGGGUUCGUACGGGAUCGUGAAGUUGGCUUAUAGCGAGGAGGACGACACACACUACGCGAUGAAAAUCCUCUCAAAACGCAAGCUGAUGCGGCGCGCGGGCCUCUUCGGGCGCGCGCCGCCACGCCGGCCCGGUCCCGGUCCGCCGCCGGACCCGCUGCAACGAGUGUACAGAGAAAUAGCGACGCUUAAGAAGUUGGACCAUCCUAAUGUUGUGAAAUUGGUUGAGGUGUUAGAUGACCCUGAGGAAGACCAGCUGUACCUGGUGUUCCAGCUGCUGGAGGGGGGACCAGUCAUCGACAUACCAACCGACAACCCGCUCAGCGAGGAGCUGGCGAGGAAGUACUUCCGAGAUGCUCUACUAGGGAUCGAGUACUUACACUACCAACGCAUCGCCCACCGUGACAUUAAGCCAGCUAACCUCCUUCUUGGCGACGGUCGGGUGCAAGUGGCGGAUCUUGGUGCCUGCGGGGAACUAGCUGAUGCAGGGCUUGCCGGUGGCGUGGGGACUCCGGCCUUUAGGGCUCCUGAGGCGGCUGCACCAGCUGAUCGGUAUAACGGGGAGGCGGCAGACAUCUGGUCGCUAGGCGUGACCCUCUACGCCAUGGUGACCGGCCGCGUGCCCUGGACCGGCUCGUGUGCCGAGAUAGCUCAGCGCGCGCUCACUGAACCAUUGAAGUUUCCAUCACGACCGACGAUUUCUGCGCCGCUGAAGGGGUUGCUAUUACGUAUGCUUGACAAGGACCCGGCGAGAAGAGCUACGAUGCAUGAAAUUAAGGAACACGGCUGGGUGACAAACAACGGAGCUGAUCCUCUACCCUCAGAGCAGGAGAACUGUCGCCUGGUGGAAGUGACAGACGAGGACAUGGCACGAGUCGUCACCUCCAUCCCCAAUCUGUCCACCCUCAUCCUCAUCAAGACCAUGCUCAAGAAGCACAGCUUCCAGAAUCCGUUUCUUCGAAGUCGGGAAGGCAGUACAUCUCGCCGCGAGUCCUCGGAAACCAUCAAGGAGGCCGAGAAGCCGAAAAGGGGAGGCCUGGCGCGCUCGGGGCGGUCGCUGUCGGCCCCUGGGAACUAUCUUAUGGACAGCCGACAAACAUCAUUCGACAUCGCCCUAGAGUCAGUCCAAGAGUCCCGCGACCAGCCCCAGGACAACGAGACCAAGGACGCGGAAAACAAAAUGGCCGCGCGGUGAUACGACAAGAUGGCGGCACCGCCCGCCCCCUGCGUCCGCGCGCCCGCGCAGCGCGUUAAGCAUUAAUGCGUCUUAUUCACUAGGGGAUAAAGUUUAAUAUCACAAGUCAAGGCACUGACGC